AAUGCCAACAGCAUGUUGGCAAAUACACUGAAGCAAUAAAGACCACAAAAAAGCAAGAUUUCUUUUCUAAAAACUACAAAACCAAGAGGUGAAAGUCUUGAUUUCACUAGAGACCAUGGCAGUGAGCUUCGUACUUCUGCUGCUCUUUGUCUUCAAUGGAGCUGAUGGCGCUCAUAUUGUUGGAGGCAGAGAUGCUGCAUCCCACUCGCGUCCAUACAUGGCCUCUCUGCAAAUCCAAGGCCAACACAUCUGUGGAGGAGCACUAGUGAGGGAGGACUUUGUGGUCACUGCAGCACAUUGUCGAGUACGAGGAACAUACACCGUGGUGGUUGGAGCUGAUUCCCUGACAAGUAACGAGCCUACAAAGCAGGAGUUCAGAGCUGCUAGACUCAUUCCACAUCCACAGUAUGACCCAGUACAAUUUCGCAAUGAUAUAAUGCUCAUACAGCUUAACAACAGGGCCCAGCUGACCGAAGCAGUGCAGCCGAUUUCUCUGAAACCUGGCAGGGUGAGAGCAGACAGUCGAUGUCUAACAGCUGGCUGGGGGACUAUAGAUGAUAACAACACCUUACCACUCAGGCUUCAAGAAGUCAACGUCACCACCCUCUCGGCACAGGAGUGUCGCAGGAGAUGGGGGCAAGUUCCCAUCACUAGACGGAUGGUUUGCGGCGUGGGUGGCCGUGCCUUUCAAGGCUUCUGCUCUGGGGAUUCGGGUGGUCCACUUGUAUGCGAUGGAGCUGCAGCCGGUGUCGUCUCCUUCUCUGGACUGCGAUGUGGAGACCCCCAGACCCCUGAUGUAUACACUCGCAUAUCGUCCUUCAGGGAAUGGAUAACAACUGUGAUAAAUAACAGUUAGGCCAAUCUGCAUUGAAAAUAUGUGUCAAUAGUGGCAUCACCUAAAACGAAUAAUAAAAAAACCCAUUCUGU